CAUGAUGCUGUUCUGUCUUUUGACGUCACCAGACCACAAUGGCGUCGCACGGAGAUGUUUCUUGCUCCCCCUCGUCUUCUGAAGACCAUGGCGAGAAGAAAAAGACCUCAUUGUCGUUCGGUUUCGCUAAAACGGUGAGCAAAUUCAAACCUCCCACUGGCGACGCCGUGACAACGAAAGACGACAUCGAUUAUUUGACCGGAAUCACCAGGAAUGAAUUGCAGAGUACGAAGCCAUCUGAAGGUCCAUCGGAACGUGUCAUCCCUCUGAUCCUGAAGAACCGCUGGCGUGUCCUCGACCAAGAGGACCAGAUUCUUGGAAGUGGAGACAAAACUCACAAAUCGGCGCAACGUAACGGCGACGCAAGUGGAGACAAAAGUCCCGAGUCGAGUGACAAGAAUGACUCCGUGGAGGCACAGGCUGUCAAAGAGCUUAUUGAAGAUUCCAGGAGAAAGAUGGAGGAGUUGCAAUCGGAGGCUAAUCUCAACCUCACCAUCCCGCUGUUGGCGCAAAACAAGGUGCCUGAUGGCUUUGAGGAUGGAGCCCAUUUAAAUGUGGAGCUGCGGCCUCAACCGUCCACAGAAGAUGAUUAUGAGAAAGUUCCUGUUGAAGGGUAUGGACUCGCUAUGCUGAAGGGGAUGGGCUGGAAGAAAGGGGAAGGCAUUGGUCGAACCUUUAAACAAGAUGUCAAGCCUUAUGAAUACAAGCCCCGUGUAAUAGGCUUGGGUCUAGGAGCGGAUCGCUCGGCCAUCAAGGAUCUGGAACCCGGUAGACGUCGGCGCCCGCCCAAGCCCGGUGAGGAGCGGAACAAGGAGGAAGAAGAGGAGCACCUGGUGUUGGGUCGUGGUGGAUGUGUGCUGUUAGAGUCGGGGGCACAUAAAGAGCGCUAUGGAAAGAUUGAAGCUCUGGACACGGACAACGCUCGUGUUUUGGUGAAAUUGGCGAUUGGCGGUGAUGUGGUGUCAGUUCACCAGUAUGCUGUUAAACUGGUCGGGCAGAAGGAAUACGACAGAUACGGCAAAGACCUUAGUCGUCUCAGUAAAGCACAUAAAACUAAGGUAAAAGAGGAGCGUGAGCGUGACGAGCGACGCAAACGGGAAGAGAAAGAGAGGCGGCACACAGACGAGGUCAAACGCACGACUUCCGAGAGAGACGGAGGAAAAGAUAACAGGAAAAGGAAACACAGAGAAUCCAGCCAUGACAGAGAGAAGCUACUGGAAAAAGAAGCAAGGCAACCUAAGGCGCCGCCCUCCUGGCUCCAGAGAGACUUGAAAGUUCGUUUUGUCGACCAAGCUUUCAAGGGGGGCAGGUACUACAACUCAAAGAUGCGCGUGGAGGAUGUCUUAACUCCGUCUACUUGCAUUUGUCGAACUGAAGAGGGAAGACUGAUAGAUGAUGUGAAGCAGAACAUGCUGGAAACAAUUGUGCCCAAAACUGAAUAUGAUGCCAUCAUGGUUGUACUUGGUGAGCACCGGGGGCAGGUGAGUCCAAAGUCAUCUGGAUUUUCUGCAGGAUCGUUUGAAUGUGUUUUAAGUCGUGUGGUUACUGACUCACCUACAUAUCUAAAUGUGCAGGUGGGUCGUAUUCUGCAGCGGGACAAAAACAAGUGCAAAGCUAUGGUCCAGCUUGACAGAUAUGAGAAAAAACUCUUCACUUUGGACUAUGACUUUAUUUGUCACUAUUUGGGCGCAACAGACCACUGCUGAACUUCCAACAAAAUAUCUUUUUGUAAUGUUUGUAAUAAAAUCAUGACUUUGCACAAAUGA